CUACAACGGCUCGAAGCUAUCCCGUAUACACACUUAUUUUUUUCUGUAGCCCGCGCGUUAAGUUUAAUAAACCCGAAAAAUCCGCGUCAGACCAUUUAGAUAGUCCGUAUAUAUUUUCUGUAAAGUCUCCUCUUCACUUGGUUCUCUUAACUUCACCCUAUCGUUUCUCAUCUCGAUUCAUCUCAGAUCUAAGGAAGUUCCCCGAGGAGAUCAUCGUGGGUAGAGCCGAGAAAUUCAUCAAAAUGAGCGAAGCCAAGAAGUUCAGAAAAAUGGAUGAAGAAAGCAUAGCUGGAUUAUAUUACGGCAGUGCUGAUUCUGCUUCAUCUUUUUCGAAAUCUUCGAUGUUACCUCCACCCUAUCCCCAAACACACUUCAUCAGCCUAAGCUUGUUCAAAGCCGCCAUCAACGCUAGGCUUGACGGCCCCGUUGUCUCGCUCUUACGACCGACCGUCUGGCUCUUACAAGUCGCGUUCGCCCUUGCUUCGGGUGUCUCUUACGCCAUCGAACUCGACCACCGAUACUCUGCCUCAACCACCAAUUUCAUCUAUGCAGAAGUCGUCUUCGGUCUCACUCUUUUGACUCUGAUCAUCGACAGCGUAACACUACGAUCCUACCGGUUCAUCUGGGCUAUCGAAUGGACAUUGGCUAUUUUGUGGAUCGCCUGCUUUAGCGUCUUCUAUGGCGUGUAUCUGAACGGCGAAAUUCCGGCAGACUAUGCAGUCGUAGACCCUAGGCGUAUGAGAAUUGCUGGCUGGUGCAACCUCGUCAACGCACUACUGUGGUUGGGUAGUGCGCUGUUCUCGUCGAUGUCGUGUUGCUCCGGAAUCAAAGCCGCUAUGGAGGUAAAGCUGGAGAAGAGAAGACAGCGGAAGGAAAAUAGAACAGUGGUUAACAAGGUUCAGGAGACGAAGAUCGGCACUUUUACCGCGAAGCAGGUAUAGAUGCCAUCAACCCAUCAGGAUGAGAUGCAAAGGGCGCCGAUCCAUGGUCGAAGCUAGCACUUCAGUUGUAGCCUAAGUUGAAUCAAGUUCGCUUGCGAACCACGGGUCCCUUCUUGCAUUUACCUGCAUUGUGCCUAAUUGUAAAGGCCUUAGAUCUAGUUCAAUGAAUCGUUU